AGAAUCGCACUAGGGGGAAGAAGAAAAAAAAAAAAAGAGCGAGAUAGCAACAACAACAAGCAGGGCGACGACGACCAAAACGACUGUAGCUGCUCGUCCGCCGGGCGCCCCACAAAAAACACACUUUGGGCCUAGUCGCCUCCUCGCCAACAAGGAAACCGAUGUCACAAUGGCCGCAAAGUUCAGCCUCUCCGACAGCGAGUCUGAGUCCUCUGAGGAGGUAGACGAAGGGGACGACGGCCAAGGAGCCGCUGAAAAAAGAAAGGAGCAGAAGGAGAACCUCCGCCAAGGCCUUCAGCUCACCUUGCCGGAGCUCAGAACAGCAGCGACGACCGGCCGGAUCCGGCUCAACUCAGAGUCCCUCACUUCAGCGGGUUCCCGAGACGAGGAGUUCCAGCCCAGGGCGGAAGAGGAGGCGGGCACGCCCACCGACGGAGCGCCAUUCCGGGGACGCUCCAAGUCGGCUCCCCCUUCGCUCUGGGCCGCCAAGAAAUACGGCCGGCAACUGCGACGCAUGAGCGAUGAGUUUGACAGCCUGUUGGAUAAAGGGGAGUUGAAGUUCAAGAGCGCCGGCGGCACAUCCCGGUCGAUCCACCACUCCAAAACCUGGUGGAGCUAUCUCUUCAGCCACCAGGAGACGGAGAGCGAGAACAACCACCAUGACAACCACGCUAAUCGUACCGAGUAGAGAUCACGAAGAGGAUGGGGGGGGGGGGGGGGGGUCUGGGGGUCCUUCACCGGACUUUUUGUCUGCAAUCAGUGAAGAGACGCAGUGAUUUUUCUUCAACUACUUUUUAUGUGACUUUUGACCGUAUUUCACAGGCGUGCUCUCGCACCAACACUAUGCAACGUACUGUAGACGGACGGGCAGACAGGUGCGUAGAUGUGGUCGAGUAAACAAACGGUGAACCUCAAGCCCGGCCGGUCCAACUCGUAAUGUUGCGCUGACUCGACUCAACAAUCAGAUGACGUGCAAAGAUUUUUGGUCAUUGUGGCCUGAUGCUUUUGCACUCUGCCGUAGGAAAUCAAUCAAGGAAAGAACAAUCUUGUACACAGACAAUCUAAAUCCAAUUUUUGGUCAUACGUCAGGGUUACUGAGAGGAAGUGACUUUUAAAAGCACAAAUUCAUAGGAGAUGUUUUAAAAGAUUUUUAAAAGGUGUAAAUAUUGUUGUGGCGAUCGGACCGUCUUGUGGUGUGGUCAUGUCGUGUUUCACAAUGUGUUUGCCUUCCAUGACGUCGCGGUUUGUGACACCAGGACAGAUUUGCUCGCGACUGAAGCGCUGGCAGGGACAGCCAUUUUGGCUCAGAUCGUCACGCCAUUUCCAAAUGACUUCACACUGGAUCAAUAUAUGUUUGGCUUGUUGUGAUGGCCACGUGAAGAUUUAGCCUUGAGCCCUAUGUGAUGAUUAAUGGAUGAUAAUCGGUGCGCUACUUCUGUCUUUGAAUGCUUUUAUUGUAGAUUCUCCAAACAGAAAUCAAGACAAUCUAAGUGGCCUUUUUUUUUUUCUUCUUCCUUUUUUCACAUUCACCCAAGUGUGUAUUUCGAUAUUAUCGUCCCAGUUGUGAUUAUAAAUAGACUGAUAAUGAUAUCUAUACCCCGCAAGACUUUUUAAGAAUAUUCUGCAAAGGAGUGAUGCGACCAUGUUGGAAUAAUUUAAGUAAAGCAUAAAUGUUGGGUCUAAAUACUAUCAGACAUUAGACCACACAGACCAUUAUGUAUGAAAUGUUUUGGGACAACAAGUAUUCCUGUCAGGGUGGCGCCGCGUUUAGCGUGCGCACACACGGUGCCGACACCAUCAACUGAAUCUUGACAAAUGCCUUCAAAUCAUAGUGAACGCGACGCCACUCGGUACCGCCUUAAAACGUCAACACGUAAUGACGCUGAAGUCACACUGAAGAAAAGAGAAAAAAAAAAAGACAAAGAAACUUGGGCAUGUGCAGUCUGGAAAUGGUAUUACUUGAAUCUGUGUGGAAAAGAUUUAAAUUGUUCUUUUUUUAAUGGAGAUUUGUACAUGCAUUUUCUCUACAGCUGUUAAACUUCAUAUCCUUAAUGCUGUCCUGAAUAAAUAAUACUUAGGACCAAAAAAA